AUGGAAUGGCUAAAUGUGUUAGAAAUUAAUGAUAUUAUACAUAAAUUAAAAGCAACGUAUAUUGUAAAGGAACAUGCAAAAAGUGAAAAUGAAUUGAUGUCUCAUUUAUGGAGUAAUGAAAAUAUAAUGACAUUGGUGUAUGGAUGGUUGGAGAGUCGUUAUGAGAACAAAGAAUCCAAAUCUAUUGCCAAAGCACAAAAAUUUAAGGCAAUGGGAAAUAAAGAAUUUCAAGCAAAAAAUUUUACUGAAAGUAUACAAUUCUACACAAAAUGUUUACAACAUGCUCCAGCAAACAGUAAUGAACUGCCAAUUGCAAUUGCAAAUAGAUCUGCUUCUUUAUUUUAUUUAAAUAGAUAUGAUGACUGCAUAAAAGAUAUUGAAUUAGCAAUUAAGUUAAAUUAUCCUAAAGAAUUACAUUAUAAAUUAUAUUUACGUGCAGUGCAAUGUUAUUUGAAAUUAGGCAAACAGCAUUUAGCUGAAAAAAUGCUUUCUAAAAUACAUGAAAUAAUUCAUGAUCCUGAUUAUAUUGCACCUUCUAUGAGAGGUAGCAUUGAAAAAAAAAUAAGUGAAGUAUCAUUAACUAAACCAUGUACACAAAAUGUUGCACAAAGUGUUACAGAUUUAUUGAAAUUAAAAUCUCAAAUUGGAUUUAAAGAAAAUAUUAAUUUUCCACAUGCAUCAAUAACUAUAAAUAAAAAAUGCAAUAAAGAAUUAGGGAGAUAUGUAGUAGCAAACGAAUUUAUUAAAAAAGGUGAUAUUCUUUUUUUAGAAAAACCUGCAGCUUUUGUGUUACUAAAUCAUGAUUCAUUAAAUGAAUUGUGCCAAAAUUGUAACUGUUCAAACAGAGACAUUCCUAUUUCAUGUCCAACAUGCUUAAAUACUUUUUACUGCAACGAAAAAUGUUUAACUGAAGCAUGGCCUUCUUACCACUGCUGGGAAUGUCCAGGAAGUCAAAUGAAACUUUGGGAAGGAAUUGGAAUGGGGCAUUUAGCUUUAAAAGUUUUAUUGACUUGUGCUACUACAACAGACAUAACUAAAUUUAAUGAAAUACAAAAUUUAAUAACUAAUUUUGAUAAGCUACCCAUGGAUGAUUUAACAACAUAUGGAAUUACAGCUAUUAUGCUUACUAUUUACUUAUUGGAAUAUACUAAUUUCUUUAAAAUAAAUAAUCUUAAAGAAUGUUUAGUAAACAAAUUUUUGGAUAAUUCCUUCAACUCGAGUUUUAAUAUUUUAACUGACAAUGAUAAACAACUUUAUGUAAGUUCUUUACUUUUACGAUAUAUUCUUCAACUUAUUGGUAAUGGACAUGCAAUUUCAACAUCAAGUACACUCAUCAAGUACAUGAAAGAAGAUUGUCAAAAUAUUGUAGCUACAGGAAUUUAUCCUUCCGCAAGUAUGACGAACCACUCUUGCGACCCCAAUGCAACCCAACUCUUUGUGGAUCAAUAUCUUAUUGUUAAAGCUUCUAGAGAUAUUGCAAAACAUGAAGAAAUUUUCAAUUGUUAUGGUCCACAUUAUAGAUAUAUGAAAACAAACGAGAGACAAACAAUUUUAAAAAGUCAAUAUUGCUUUAUAUGUAAGUGUAAGCCUUGCACUCUACCAAGGUUACGAUAUUUUUUGGAAAGUUUUGGUGCUAUAAAAUGUCUAAAAUGUAAUGGUGCAUUACAUAGUAUUAACGAUUCUACCUAUUGUUUAGAUUGUAAUGACAAAUCCCAAAUUUAUCCUUUAAAUAAAGUAGUACAGGCCAUUAAACUUUAUAAUGCAGCACAAGAUUGUGUUAAUUCAGGAAGAACAGAAGAAGCAUUAGAUGAAUUAAAAAAAUGUCGACAAUGGGUAGAUUGUAUAAUAUGCUUGGAAAAUACACUUCCAGCAAUUACAAAAAGAUUUGGAUCCUCUAGUAGAGACCUCCUUUACCAAUUGAAUGAUCUCAUAGAUGUAAGCUUCAUAUAUUUAGAAAAGGAACCAAAUACCACCACAGACACAUACAAAAAUAGACUAAAAAGAACUGAAAAAUAUUUAAAACAAAUAGAAGAAAUGGUAAAUUUACAUUUUGGAUCAUGGAGCAGAGCAUAUAAAGAUGUAAAAAUAAAACAAGAA